AAAAGGGAAGUGAAGGAAUGCCAUCCUAAUUGGGAUGAACUUCUUAAAACAUAUCUUGGAGAAUACGGAGAACUUACUGGUUUCAACAGAGAAGGAAGUCCUAGAACUUAGAGGCAUUGUGGUAUAUUGGAAAGUACACACGACUUUGCAAUCAGUCACUUCCUGCCAGUCUCAGUUUCUUCAUCUAUAAAAUGGGACUAACAUACCUACCUCAAAGGGCUUAUGUCAGGACAGUCCCUUGUAACAUUUAAGGUCCAUUUAUAAAUCCAAAGUUUGAUUUUUCCAGUUACAAAGUAUAAUGAAUGCAUGCUAUGAAUGGGAUUUGUCAUUUGUCAUUGCAAACAACAAAAUUCUACAUAUUUAUGUAUGGGGUAUUAUUGUUCUCUGUUGAGAGAUAAAAAAAAAAACACAUCAUAUAAACUGAGAAUGUUAGCUUUUGCCCCUUCUGUAUCUACUAGGCCAUUUGGUUUAUAGUCUAGAGUGUUAUUCCUCCUGCCUGUUGUUUUUAGUGACUUUUGCUGUAAACUAUUGGGCUGUAAAAGGAGAGGCCUUCAUUCAUAUUUUAUGGCUUUUGCUCAAUGAAACGUAAGUUCACUCAUAAAUAUUCAACAUGCUAUUUCAGUCAACAAAGAGUCAACUAAGAACUAAGAGUUUGGAGAAGAUACCAAGCACUCUUUAAGAGAAACAAAUUUGUUGGCAAUUUCCUGGAUAUUGCUCUGAGUUUGGACCUAAGAAUUAUUUCUGGGAUGGAUGCUUCAGCACACGGAGGGAAGGAAAGAAAGUUUCGUUAUCAUGUCAAAGGUCCAAGUGAAGACAAAUUUGACACUAUGAAUCUUAAUGUUAAAAUCGACACUUCCUGGGUCUUCCAGGAUGCAGAAGAUGCUGAUGAUGCACACAGUGGUCAUUCUGAAGAAGGAGCAAAGAGCAGCGAAGAAGAUGCUGGAAAUCUUAAAAAACAGCUGGAAACAUCAGAGCAAAAGUUGAGAACAGCUGUUGAGAAGCAUGUGAGGUCCGAGUCUCGGCUUAGAAAUAGGAUUGAAGAGUUGGAGCUUUCAGAGCAGAAGCUUCUUCAAAGGGUCAGUCAUCUGAAUGCCCAAGUGUACCAGGAAGAAAAUGCCUAUCUUCAAGCCAAAGAGAAACUCGAGGAGAUUCAGGAAGAGUUGACAGAUCUGGUAGAAGAGACUGAAAGAGCUCGGUGGGCCCAAAGAGAAAAACUCCAGCAGUUUCAAGAGCAGUUGCACAGGAAAGAUGAGGAAGUGCAGAACCUGCUUGCAUCCUUUGAGCAUUAUAAACAGAACCAAAGGCAGCAAAUGGCCAUGGUGAGAAAGCAGGAAGGCUUCCUCAAGGGUCAGGUGCUCCGGCUGGAGGAGGAAGCCCAACGGCUCCGGGAGGCCACAGUUUCCCUGAUGACCGAGCUUGAAGCAGGGGGGAACCAAGACUGGGAUGCCCAGUCAGAGCUCCCAUUGGAGCAGUGCCGAGUUGAGCCUUGGUACAUUGGGGAAGAUCUGACCGAACUCCAGGCUUUCUUAGAAGCAGGUGAGCGCCAGGCUCGGAGACAACUGGCUGCUCUGCAGCAAAGCCUAAUGGCCCUUCUUGCUAAAGAAGAGAGUAACAACCAAGAGAAGGAGAAAAUCCUGCAUCAGCUCCAGGAGCAUCGGGACACAGUUCUCCACCUCGUCAUGAACAAGCUGGAGGAUUUCCGAAGUCUAGGGCCAGAGCAGCCAAAGAAAGAGCCAGCUAACGGCCUGCAAGCUGAGCUGGGAGCCAAGGUAAUAAGUGAGAGCAGACCUGGCACACCACUCAAGAAGGGUGCCCAUGUGAGCAAGCCCUCAUUUGUUCAGGAUGAAUUACUACCCCUCAAGUGGGAGGCGGCUCUUGAUCCCAAUAGAAACAAAGCCUGUCAGACAUCAUUUGUCAUUGAAAAUGCCGAGGGACCAGGUCCUGUUGCAGGGCUGCCAGAGGAGCAAGGUUGCAAUUGGGGCUCAUUUGGAGGCAUGGAAGGAUCAGCAGCCUUAAUGCCCACUGGGGACAACCUGAAUGAACUCCUUGAGGAAAUCAAAAUAUCAGACAGCGAACAGGAUUGUUUGGGUGUGACGACCUCAGAUCCACAGACAAUCCUUUUCCUUUUUUGUGGACCUUCCUCAGGACAGUUUAAUGAUGAUCAUCUAUUCCCUUUUAAUCAACUCAAUUUUUCAAGAGCAACUCCAGAACCACAAAACAAAGAGUCAUUUUCUUUAUCAGAGAAGUCUGUGAUUCCUUUGUUAAUGCCCAUGGUUGUCCCACCUUUUGCUGGGAAUCUUACUGUUCUAGAAGAUUUUUUCCAAGAAGAACUUCCUCAGAGUUAUAUGACUCCUGGGACUCAGAUUCCCCGAGUCCCCAAAGAAAAUACCCCCAAAAAGGGUAUUUUCAGAAAAUACACAGGAAUGUCCCAGGAGACUCUAGACAAGAGAGAAGGAAUUCUCAAGCUAGAACUUGAAUUAGAAGAAAAGCAAGGAAUGUGGUUAAAAAGUCAGGAUAUAUUUUCACAAAAUGGAACAAACAAAAAGGAAAACUUUUCAGGGGGCUUCAGUGAUUCCAAUAUUCUAACUAAUGGGACAAAAUACUCAAAACACGUGGAAGAAAAAGAAAGAAAUUGUUUCCAGAAAACCAGUUGCUAUCCCGAGCAAAGGCAGAAAAUUCAAAUCUCAAUGAUACAGAAUGAGGCAAACACUUACGGGGAGAGACUUGAUUUCCAGGAAGGAGAGAUGAAAGGGAAGUCAAAUGUUUGGGCUUUCCAAAAGCAAACACAGGAAAAGAGCCAAGCAGGUGGUUCAGGAGAAGAGUGUGGGAAUCUCGCAGUAAUAGUUGGAAGGAACCAAGGCUAUUUACCAAAGGAUGCCCAUAUACUUGAAGAGAAUAUAAUAGAACUUAGGGAAAAAUCUAAGGCAAAUGAAGAAAAACAAAUAGAAUUCCAAAAUAUUCAUGCCUGGGAAGACAAAGAUAAGUUGUCUGGAGUGGAAAAGAAGAAAGGAAUAUCCCAUGAAGAAAUAGUAGAUUUAGGGAAUGAGAGUCAUGGCCAAUGUAUUCAGAAACGAUCUGAAUUUGAAAACGAAAAGUUUUUCUCAGAAGAACUGAGAUGUUGUGAAUUCAGAACAAAAUCACCAUUGCAAGAUGAGUCUUGUGAGAAUGAAAUAUUGGCUACAGACAUAAAGAAUAGCAGAUAUUUUCUUAAAAUUAAUGAAUUAGAAAAGGAGAUAGUAAAUGUUUUCAAGGAAAUCUUUGUCUUGGAGGAAGAAAAUGAGAGUUACCAACAAAAAAUGAAGCAAUUAGAAGAAGAGAAUUGGAGAUACUCCCAACAGUUGCAAUUUUUACAGGUAGAGGUAAAGAUGGAUGCUCAUACAGCUUCAGCAGAUGCAGAUGGUAAAACAGAUGUUGUUUCUUCAGAAAUAUUGGAAAGAGGGACUGAGAAUGAUAUGAUUGAAAGUGUGAAACUUACAAAGGGCACAGAUAUUAGAACAAUAUUUGCUCCGGGCAAGAAAAAUGAAAAUCAUUCUAAGAAAUUGUCUCAUUUGAGGGAAAUCAUCAUUCCAAAUUCUCAAUUGGCUAUUUGGGCCACUGAGUUGAACAGAUUUCCUCUAAAAACUGAAGCACGAGAAAGCAUGAAGAAUAGGUUUUUUCAACUAAUUUCUGAUCUACAGAAAGAGCAAAAUCAAGUUUUCAUAGAAAUAACCAAAUUACAAAGAACUCAAGAAAUGUGCAAUCAGAAGGCAUAUGCUUUAGAAGAAGAAAAAGAGAGAAAUCUGAAAAAUAUAGAUGAGCUUGAAAAAGAUAAACUCCAUUUGCUAGAAAACAUAACUCAAUUAAGAAGUGAACUAGACAAAUACUUGCAGUUAAUUUCAAACCUUGAAGACUGCAAUGGGAAAAGUUACGAUAAAAUUUCUGACCUGCAGGAGGAAAAUAUUGCACUGAAGAAGAAAGUAGACAAUCUUCAGAAAACGAUGGUGGAUGACAUUCGGGAAGCACAGGAAGUGAGUAGGCAGGUUACACAAGAAAACCAAGAACUCAAGACCUUGAUAAAUGACCUCGGCUUUGGUUAUAAAGAUCUAAUCAAAGAUCUAUUGCCUGGAAUACAAGACAUGAUGAAAACCUUGAAAGAGGAAAAUGAACAGCUCCUCCACAAGAUGCGUGUUAUGGAAGGGAAGGCUACAUGGGAAACAAAGGAUAUUGAAAAAAUAAGCAAAGAGAAUGAGCAACUAAAAAAGCAGAUCCAGGAACUGUUGGACAAAACAAACAUGGUAGAUGAAGGAAUUCAGGUAACUGAUUUGUUAGGCCAACUAGCAAGAGAUGAAGGAUUGUCUUUGGAGGAAGUGCCAGUUUUUGCUAAAGGACAAAAGCCACAUCCCAUUUGCAAUGACAUGUUUCGGCUCCAUGUGGACUAUAAGAGACUGAAUCCAUUUUUAGUGAAGGAGAAGCCUGAGAUUUCCACUGUCACUCAAAAUCCCUCUAAUGAGGGGGAAAAGAAAAAGGUAGAUUUUGACAAAAAGAAAAAGCGGAAGAGUUUGUUGGAAAUCCACAAAACACAUGAAUCACUAGCUAAUUCUUCCCAGCUCCAAGAUAUUGAGCACAUCCCUUCAGAAGAAGAACCCAAGACCAGCAGUAAGCUUCUACACCACCAGGUAUUAACCCUGAAGUCCCAGCUCAGAGAUCAGACUGCCAUAUACAAUGAACUUCAGGCAUCUCAAAGUGAAACUCGGUACCUUCAGGGCCAGCUGAGAGAAAAGAUUGAAGAGCUCAAAAGGAGGAAAAAUGAAGUGAACUUGGCUGUAAUACCUCUCAAGGCAAAAGUGGCUUCCCUGGUCCAGAAGUGCCGGGACAGAAACAACUUGGUCACGCAGCUAGUGCAGGAACUGCACAGACAUGGAAUUGAGAACCUGCAGCUCUCACAGACAGCGAGGGCUUUGGUGGAUGACGUGGCUGUGGCCAGCUGUGCAGCUGCUUUCAUGUCUUCCAACCCUGGAGAGGCUUGUUACCAGUCAGAUACCAAGCCCGAGAACACUGCCUUUGGAAAUGAUCAAACCUGCCUCCUGAGCCCAGAUAUGAACAAUCACCUCAGUGGAUAUUUCAGUUCUAACACCUCUCCUGCUGCUGACUCUGAUCCAUCACUUAGGAAAACUCACACUGGGUCUCCAAAGUUGCUUUCUAGAGUGAUGGAUAAUCCCAGGACCUGCCAGAUUGGAGUGGAUGUGGGUGCAGAGCUGAUUUCUGAAAACUCUCAGCAGGAAACACAAGAGAUCUGCAGCCUCUCUAUCCCUCCAGUUGGUGACUUUCUUCUGCCUUCGAAAGUAAUGAGCCCAGAGAGGAUCCUAGCCUUGCAUUGGGAGCUAAGUCACAGCCGCGACAAUAAUUAUCAGACUCCGCCUGCCCCUUCUGAGUCAGCCCUCAGUGGUUCCAGCACACAGCCCAUUCCAGUGGAACUAAGCCAGCCCACAGCACCCUGUUUCCCAGAACCUUUAGGUGGUAGCUCUUUCGAAGAACACCAAUGGCAAGAGCGAGAGUGCAAAUGGAGUGACCCAUCAUGUAGUCAGAUGGAAAAUCAGCAUUCAGAAACUGAGCACUGGGGCUGCAGCCCCAGAAAUACCAUUAUGAAUAACACAUGGACCUCUGGAGGCCAGCCAGAUGGCUCACCCUCAAUGACUACAGCAGAAAGCCAUUUGUCAAAUGGGUUGUCAGCGAGUAAUAAAGGUCCGGCUCCUUUGGGGGAAGACUCAGACGUGCUGGAGAGAGCGAGAUCCCUGACUAUAAAGCAAGACCUGGACAUGCCUCCCGUCCCCUACAGCCAUGACCCCAUUAUCUUCUUGCCAUCUCCUCCUGCCGACUCCAUGACCUUCAGAGAUUUCGAGAAUGAGAGCUAG